UCUGUUCAUAAGAGCUAUGGAUGUCGAGAAAAGGCUAGGCUAGACAUUGCCCGUCAUGCCCUUGGAGUUGCCAUCCAAUAAUUCUAUUAUUCGAUAGAGGUACAUAUAUUUUGCCGUUCUCCUCAUGGGUUGGUCCAUUCCACUCAUAUACAAGACCGCUCAGUCGUACACGAGCAGUAUUUGGCAAGCAAUCAAUAUAUAACCAGAUAAUAUGUCAGAUUCCUCGCAUAUAGACGGCCCUUCACGGCCGCCCGUAUACUUCCUUGGUAUCGGUGGUCCUAACUUCAUAGAAAACACGGCCCAUCCUGCCUACGCCAAGCUGGCCGAGGUAGGGCAGGAGAUUACAACAAAGGUCAAACCCAAGGCCGUGGUCGUUUUCUCUGCUCAUUGGCAAGCUAGCCCGAACAAGCUUCAAAUCAAUGUAGCCGAGAAAACAGAUCUAAUUUACGACUUUUACGGCUUCCCACCACACUACUACGAAUACGAUUAUCCUAACAAGGGAAGUCCUGAGGUUGCCGAGAAAGUUAUUGAGAAGUUAGCGGGUGCUGGUAUUGAAGUUGAGAGAGUUAGACGAGGUCUUGAUCAUGGUAUAUGGGUGGGGUUUCUGGCUGCUUUUGAUCCGAAGCGGAACCCCUUAAAUGUACCCAUUGUGCAAGUUUCACUAUUUGAUAACGAAGAUACGGAUCAACAUUACCGCGUGGGACAGACAUUGGAAAGUCUACGGGACGAAGGCAUUUUAAUCAUUGGCGCCGGGAUGGCUGUUCACAAUCUUCGUGACUACCGAGCCAAUAGAACUAGCGACCAAACCAUGCCUUACGCCUUCACCUUUGAUUCGGCACUAAAGGAGGCUGCUGCUGCUGCGAAGCCAGAAGAACGUCGGGAGAAGAUGCUCGCUCUGAUGAAGCGCGAUGAUGCUAGGAAAGCGCAUCCGACCUUAGACCAUAUCCUUCCGAUGCAUAUUGCCGCGGGUGCUGCAGGUUCCGAUGUUGGCGAACAGCUAUGGACUCUACCUGAAAAAAGCUUGAGUUGGGCACAAUACCGGUUUGGAAAAGUUCCAUCAGCGUAAAAUAAUGCCGAAAUCAAACGAUUUAGAUACCUAGGGGCCUCUCCAGUUAUAGUUGUAGUUAUAUAGGUAUUUACGGUCUUCAUAGAAUCCAGAACUUUGAAUUAGAUGUUAAGCC